AUUUCUGUAGAAGGCAUUUCCUCACCUCACCCGUACUUACGCCUAAUUCAAACAAGUGAGCCCCCCUGUCUCUGAGCGCUCACUGCGUUUCUGCCUCCUCGGUUGCUUACCCGCAUCACCGCACGUUACCUGCGUCGGCAGACUCAGCAAAAGCGAUCACAAUGGCAUCUUCCGUUGCUCUCGUCAGCCACGUGGCGACGGCUUGCGUGGCUCCUGCUGCCAGCCUGUCUUCGCGUUCAUCCAAUGCGGUGUCAGCGAAGCCACUCGGGUUACCACUGCUCCAUGCGUCGAAAACGCAGCAGAGCCGGGCCAUCCCCCGACACGUGGCCGUGAGAGCAGAAGCAGAAGAAGCGGAAGGUGCCACAGCCCCCGCUGCCGAGCCUGCCCAGGGCGUUAAACGAGAAGAGGAGAAGUUCGCAGUUGUGAACACGGGCAAGUGGGAGUGCAAGUCGUGUGGCUACGUGUACGAUCAAUUCAAAGGCGAUCCAGCCUACCCCGUCGCCCCUGGCGUGUCUCUGAAGGAGCUCCCUGAAGACUGGCUGUGCCCCACGUGCGGAGCAGCCCCUACCUCAUUUGGCAGCCUGAGCCGGGAGCUCGCAGGGUUUGCCCAGAACCAGGCGUAUGGGCUGGGAGGUAACUCCCUGACGUCUGCUCAAAAGGGGCUUCUCAUCUGGGGGUCGAUAGGGGCUGCGGUUUUUGGUUUCCUCUCUGGUUACUUCCUUGAGUAGGUGUCUUUUUUGUUUUGUAUUGUCCGUGUGUUUCUAUUUGCUUGUUUAUUGAAUCAAACGUUUUGAUGGUGGGAGAAACUCAGAAUAUGUCGUGUGAUUCCAAUAUGUGGCCUUCGUUAUACCU